AUGCUCAGUAGUAUUAGCUUGAUACUAUCACUUAUUUCACUAACUUCCUCCGUGGUCGAGCGUCAUGCGAUAUUGUUUGUUGAUGAUGUAGUAGUUGUAGCAGAAGCGUCCAGGAUGGUACGCAAGCAAAACAGCGAAGAGGUGAUCCCGCAGGUGAUCGUGACGGAGCAGGAGCAGCAGCCGGGCGGCGAUGGCGGGCGUUCGAUGUCGCGCGAAGGCACCUACUCGCGGGAACCGUCCCGGGAGCGCAGUUCCCGCUCGGUCUCGAUCUCGCGCCUCCGGGUGGACGAUCCGCUGCGCAAGGAGAUGAUGCUGGUGCGCGAAAAGUCGCCGUUCGAGAUUGGGGAGAAUCGCAAUGUGCAGGUCGCCUCCUGCAAGGCCAUCAUCGACAAGGCGCUGGUGAUGGACGUGUCGGGCGGUGUGACGAACGUGGACGAGUACAUCUCGCUCUUCUUCUCGUCCGGCUGCGUCAUUGACGAGGCGUCCUGCAAGGACAUCUCGACCGCAGUCGAGGUGACCAUCAUCGAGGAGGAGGAGGAGCGGCCCGAGCUGGUGGUGAUGCCGCUGGUGGAAGAGGAACCCCGCGAAAACGAACCCCCAGCGGUGGCUGAUGCGGCGGCCGGUGAUGGUGACGUAGCGGCGGCCGAAGACACCGAACCGUUGGAGGGUGAACCGAUUGAAGGCGACGAGCAGGCGGUGGACGAGGCGGACGGUGCCGGCGAGGGCGAGGAGGUGCCGGCAGCGCGCGAGCUUGAGCCGACGGGCGCAGUCGCUGCCGCCGACGGCGGGCCGAACGACGAUGAAUCUGAUUUAAAAGAGGACGGCGACGAGUCCGAGGAGUCUUAUAGCGAAUCGGAGGAACUAUCGUCAGAACUAUCCUACUCCUACAGCGACAUGUCCGUGGACGAAGUGGAUCCCUCCCAGUGGCGCGUGUUCCACGAGGAUGAGGACGAGAUCGCGCUGAUCAAGUUCGAGCAGGAGGAGAAGACGCCCGAGCCGACGGAGAAGGAGAAGGACGCCGAGUUCCAGCGACUCCGGAAGGCGUCGCGACCACCGCUAUACCUCACCAAGCUGACGGACCGGAGCGCCCCGGCCGGGUCCACCAUCAAGCUACAGUGCACGGUCGAGGGCCAGGAGGUGACGGUGCGAUGGCUCAAGAACGAUCAACAGAUUGAGCGGACGCCCAACCUGCAGACGUCCGCCGCCGACGGCCUGUACACGCUCACCAUCAAGCACCUGAAGCACUCGGACGCGGGCGAGUACAAGAUACUGGCGAAGAACCGGGGCGGCGAGAUACCGUCGGUGGCGCACGUCAAAGUGUACGACGCGAUCAAGCCCAAGUGUCAGUUGCCGUUCUUUGUGAAAAUCAGAGGAACGUUGUCAUUGUGUAAUUUGUGUCUGCUUCUUUCCCCAGACUACUUCCACCAUGCAUUGAACGACCUCGUGAUCGAGGCUAGGAUCAUGUUCCAGAAGGAAUAUGAACCGACCAUCACCUGGCUGAAGGACGGGGAACCGAUCGUGCUGGAUCAGCGGAUCGGGGCCACCUUCGAGGGGGAGGAAAUCUUCCAGCUCAACAUUUACGACCCGACGCCGGAGGACAGUGGCCGGUACACGUGCAUCGCCGAGAAUGAGGCGGGCCGGUGCCAGAUGUCCCACACGGUCGACUUCGUGGAAAAGGUGCCGUACAUGCGGCUGCCCGGCAUCACCAACGCCGACCGGAAGCUGCUGACGGAGGAGGAGAUCGAGGAGCGCAAGCGCGAGGAGCUGCGCAUCAAGACGGAGGCGAAGGAGCGGCUGGCGGGCGGUGGCCGCACGGCCCGGGGCGGCGACGACGUGCACGAACCGUACGAGUCGGAAUCGUACGUGAUUCGCGACUCGAAGAACAAGCUCGCGUGGGCCGGGCAGCUGCACAACGUCACCACCACGAAGGGUGCGAUCGUGAAGAUGACCUGCUCGGCGAAUGGGCCGCUGCCAAUGUUCAAGUGGCAGCGGAAUGGGCGCGCGAUCGACUUUGGCGAUCACGUGAAGCUGAUGAACAGUGGCGCGAUCGGGCAGAUCGUGAUCAACGGCGUGACGCGCAAGGAUGCGGGCGAGUACACCUGCACGGCGAAGAACAGCCACAACGAGAUCAAGACGACGUGCGUGCUGAAGGUGAUCACGCUGCCGUCGGCCGAGACGACGCCGGCCACGUUUACGCGCGCGGUCAAAGAGUUCUACGACAUCCGGGCGGACGAUCUCGUGCUCGAGGUGAACGUGCACGGCCUGCCGAAGCCGACGAUCAGCUGGCAAAAGGACGGCGAGGACAUCGUGCUCGGCGACAAGCUGCUGAUCAACCGCGAACCGAACGGCGUGUACCAGCUGUGCAUCCACAAGCCGGCCCCGGCCGACUGUGGCGUGUACGAGUGCCGGGCGGUCAACUCGGCCGGCACCGCCAAGGUGUCGCACGAGGUGAGCUUCACGUCGAAGGAUAAGCUGAUCCACGUGCAGCACAUCGAGCACGCGGACUACUUUAAAAGGCGGCUCGAGGAGAAGGAAGCGGCCAGUCUACUGUUGACGGCGGAACCGACUCCACCAACCGACCAGCAGCAGCAGCAGCAGCAGCCGGCUAGCCAAGCCCAGUCACAGGCACAGCAGCAAGCGGAACCGGCGGCCACAGGCGAGCCAGUGCCACCGGUCGAACCAGCAGAAGGAGAAGCCGGCGAAGUAGAUACAGAAGCGCCGGCACCGGAAGCUACUGCACAAGAGCAGACGGCAGCAGCAGCAGCUCCAAAGCCAAAGUUCAAGGCAAUGCCGGGCCGCCGCCGCUUCGAGGAUGGGCCGGUGGAACCGUUCGUCAUACGCGACUCCAAGAACCGGCUGAUGUGGGAGACGAAGCUGAAGAACCAAACCGUGCCGGCUGGCAAAUCGAUCAAGCUGACGUGCAGUGUGACUGGGCCGCAGCCGACCUGGCGCUGGAUGAAGAACGGCAAGCCGCUGGUCUGGAGCAAGAGCGUGGUGAACGCGACCAAGGUCGAGUUCGGGUGCGUGCGCAUCACGCCGACGACGGUGGCCGACUCCGGCGAGUACACGGCGUACGCGAAGAACAGCUUCGGCGAGAUCGAGUGCUCCUGCACGGUGACCGUGUUCGCGACGGAAAAGGACAUCGAAACGGUGCCGACGUUCACGCGGGUCAUCGGUAAGGUCGUUGUGGAUUGGAUGGGGUUAGGAAUUGAGGUACUGAUGCCAACCCUUUUUCGUCGUUGCAGACUACUACGACUCUCUAGUGGACGAUCUGAUCCUGGAGGUGCACGUGCGCGGUGUUCCCGAUCCGAAGCUGACCUGGGAGCGGGACGGCAUGGAGUUUACCAAAGAGACGGAUCGCGUGAUCAUCUCCCGCGAAGGCAACGGCGUGUACCCAUCCACAAUCCGGAAAAGCUCGACGGUGGCAAGUGGGUCGUGACGGCCAAGAACCACGCCGGCGAGGAGAAGCUGAAACACUCGGUCACGUUCAAGGGGCGCGAAUUCUACCAGAGCCAGCUGACGCACGGUAUCUACCAUGCGGACAAGCAGAUCACGCGCUCGGAAGAGGACGGCUUUGUGUACGGUACGCGGUCGCGCUCCGUGUCCCGUGCACCCUCCGUCGCUCACCAGGCCGGCCCCGAGCCGGACAUUUCGGCCGUCGUCGAGGCGCUGGCAGCGGUGGAGGCGACCACCGAGGAUGCGCCCGCUGCCGGAGCGGCCGCCGAAGGUGCCGAGCCGGCUGCGGAUGCAGCGGACGCACCGGAAGAACCGAAGAAGAAGAAGGAACCGAAACAGUGGCGCAAGAACUUGCAGGGCCUGCUGAAGGGCCGCAUCCCCGGCCCGAUCGCGGAGGAGCCCACCAAGCACAAGGUGGUGGAGGUACUGCAGAAGCUGUACUUUGAGGCGAAUCUGAAGAACCAAACGGUGGCGGAGGGAUCGCAACUGAAGCUGGUGUGCUCGUGCGUCGGUCCGAAGCCGACGAUCAAGUGGUUCAAGAACAACAUUCCCCUCGUCUGGAGCAAGAACGUGAAGAACGACACGAAGAUGGGCGUCGGCGCAGUGCACAUCCUGUCGGCCGAGCUGAACGACUCCGGCACGUACAAGUGUACGGCGAGCAAUGCGGUCGGCGAGGUGGAGACGACCUGCAAGGUGAUCGUGUACCCGGUGCCGGAGAAACAGCACGUUGCGCCGAGCUUUGUGCGCAAUGUUAAGGGUAAGUGCUCGCGUGUUUGUUUGCAGAGGAGAGCACGAUCCUCAUUGGAGUUUGUUUGUCUUUUUUCUCCCCUAGAGCACUACGACAUCCAGACGAACGAUUUGGUGCUGGAGGUGAACGUGCGCGGCAACCCGAUGCCCACGAUCAAGUGGCUGCGGGACGGCAUCGAUCUGGUCGAUCCGACGGGUGAGAAGUUCUUCCCGAUGCGCGAACCGGGCGGUGUGUUCAAGCUGACCAUCCACGACCCGCAGGCGAAGGACGAGGGCCAGUACGCUUGCGAGGCCACGAACGUGGUCGGCAAGGACGUGCUGCGCCAUGCCGUCCGGCGCAUCAUGGAGCGCAAGAUCGCCGAAAGCCACGUGUUCGGCAUUCGGUACCACGACCCGAACCUGAUGAAGCACGGCGUGUACGAGGAGCCGCCGAAGCCGGAACCGGCACCGAGACCGCACCGGGAGUUUAUCUUCCUGGAGGACGGCUCGUACUACAUCCGUGGCCAAACGCCGGAGCAUCUGUGGGAGUGGGAAACGGAUACGAGCGCGCCGAGCGAGUACGAAGAUUACGUGUCGCCGGAACCGGAGCCCGAGCCCGAGGUGCCCGAACCGGAACCCGAGCCGGAACCGGCACCGGUCGAGAAGGUACCGUCCCGGUCGCCGUCGCCCGACUUUUUGAUCAAGACGCCGCCACCGCCACCACCGAAGCAGCCGGAACCGGUCGAGGCGGACGAUGAGGAUGAGGAUGAGGAGGACGAGGAUGAGGAGGAGGCACCGCCGCCACCGCCGAAGCGUGGCCCGAAGAUUAAGAAGCUGCGCAAGAAGCGCGUCCCGCAGCCGCAGGUCGUGCCGGAAGAAGAGGCGGCGAUCGCUGCACCGGCCGCACCGGUACCGGAACCGCCGAAGGAGGUUGCUGCUCCACCGGUGGAAGUGGCAGCUCCCGCCGAGGGAGAACCGGCUGAAGAUAAGGACAAGCUGCGCAAGGAACGGUAUCUGCGCCUCUUCCCCGAGCUGAACCCGGACGAAGCGAAGCGCGUUGAUGCGCGGGCGGUGUUGCGCUUCGGCAGCACGCUGCACGACAUCAACAUCGUGGAGGGUAAGCCGGUGCGUCUGUUCUGUACCGUGCUCGGCUCGAAGGCCGACUUCAAGUGGUACAAGAACGGCGAACCGAUGGAGUUCACCAAGCAGAUCAAGAACCUGUCCGACGCGCAGGAGGGCACGGGCGUGAUUGCGUUCAACAAGGCGUCCCGGGAUGACACCGCCGACUACGAGGUGGUCGUGAAGGACAAGUCGGGCGCCGUCAUCCGCGGUACCUGCCGGCUGAACGUGCUGCCGGCGCCGGUGCGCAUCCCGGUGGCGGAGGGCGAAGCGCCGCGGUUCGUGCGCUGCAUGACGCAGCACUACGAUCUGCGCGUGGACGAUCUGGUGCUGGAGACGCAGAUCAAGGGCACGGGCCCGAUCAAGGUGGAGUGGUUCCUGGACGGCAUCAUCAUCGAGAACAACGAGAAGUUCAUCCAGAUCCGCGAACCGCACGGCAUCCACAAGCUGUGCCUGCACAAUCCGCAGAUCCGCGACAAUGGCCGGUACCUGGUGAAGGCGAGCAACGACUUCGGCACGGAGGAGCUCAAGUACACGCUGCGGUUCGAGGGCAAGGCGGCCGCGAUGCCGAUGUACCACAUGCACCACGCGGACAAGCGCCGCACGUUCGAGGAGGAGAAGGUGGUGGAACCGAGACAGCACCGGGAGGUCGUCUUCCUGGAGGAUGGCUCGUACUAUCUGAAGGGCCAGACGCCCGAGCGGUUCUGGGAGUGGGAGACGGACACGGAGGCGGAAAGCGAGUACGAAGAGUACGUGCCCGGUGACACCUCGAGCGAGGAGGAGGAGGCCGAAGCCGAGGAACAGCCGGAAGCCGAGGAACAGCCGGCGGAGAAGCCGGCAACGCCGGCCAAAACACCGCAACCUGCCCCGCCAGCAGCACCCGAGCAGGAAGAGGAAGCGGAAGAAGCGGAGGAGGAAGAGGAAGAGGUGGAAUCGCCCCCGAAGCCGGUCAAGCGCGGUCCGAAGAUCAAGAAGCUGCGCCGCAAGCUGCCCAAGCAGCCGGCCCCCGAGCAGGUGGUGGAGGAACGGCCGAAGGAGGUGCCGCGCCAGCGGGAACCGCAGCCGGGCGCCCAGCCGAAGGUCAAGCUGAGCCAGCUGAUCUCGAGCGGCAAGAGCCUGGCACCGCCCGAGGUGCCGCGCGUCAAGCGCUGGAAGAAACCGAUCGAGGUCGAGUUCAUCUCGCAUCUGCGCAGCGGCACGAUCAAGAAGGGCAAAAACCUGACGCUCAACUGCUGCUGCUCGGAUGCGGCCAAGAUUGAGGUUACCUGGCUGAAGGACGACGAGCCGCUGGUGAUGGGACCGCGCUGCCGCAGUGACGUCACGCGCCAGGGCUACUGCACGCUCGAUCUGGUCGACCUGCGGCUGGAAGACACGGGCGUGUACAAGUGCGUCGCCAAGACGGCGAACGGUACGGCGACCGACUCGUGCCGCAUCACCGUGUUCGAGCUGGAGAAGAAGGACGAGGUUGAGCUGGUGCCGCCAACGUUCAUCACACCGUUGAGAGAACUGUACCAUCCGACGACGAACGAUCUGCACCUGGAGAUCCGGGUGCGCGGCAACCCGGUGCCGACGUUCCGCUGGAUGUACGACGGCAUCCCGAUCCUGCAGAGCAACGCCAAGUACGAGAUCUUCAACCAGCACUACUACGAGAACCGCACCAAGAUCACGACGGUGCAGCUGAUCAUCAACGAUCCGCAGCUGCGCGACAGCGGCAAGUACACGCUGAUCGCCAGGAACGACGUCAAGUCGGUCGAGAUGUCGCGGCAGGUGUCGAUCCCGCUCCGCUUCGACCAGCGGGUCCAAACGCACAAGCACAAGCGCAUGGACGACGUGGUGGUGGAGAACGAGGCGCCGCGCGUCCUGCCGAAACCGCCCACGCCCGAACCGGAACCGGUACCGGAGGAGCCCGUGCCGGAACCGACCGAAGGGGACGAGCAGCCGGAGGAGGAGGAGGCGGAGGAGGAAAAGGAAGACGAGGAGGAUGAGGAGGAGGAGGAGUAGUAGGGGGACGGUUGCAAGGGGCAGCUUUCUACUAUAGACGUAAGGUAGUAGACCGUUUAAGACUGUUUUUAUUUAUUUGUGUAGCCCAGUUUUUCUACUUUUAAAUGAUGGCGCUCGUCGUCCAUAACUGUGUGUGCGUGUUUUG